AUGACAACGACACAAAAUGUUCACUGUCCUGGGAUUGAUUACCUCGUGGUCAUUGAUUUCGAAGCUACUUGUGACGAAAACCCAAACCCUCAAGCAUUACAAGUAACUAAGGAAACGGCGGAAAUUAUCGAGUUUGCCUGGGUUGUAGUUGAUACUAGCACUUUAGAAGUGGUUUAUCAACACAGUCAAUACGUCAAACCAGAAAAUACGCCUUUAACUUCAUUUUGUACUUCUCUUACCAAUAUUACUUGGGAAAAUCUUGAUAAAGCAGGAACUCUUCAAGAAGCAAUAAAGUCCAUGGACAAUUACAUCCAAUCUUUUAUAAUUGCAAAUUCAAAAACUUUCUGCUUCUGUACACAUGGUGCAUGGGAUCUCAGAAUUCAAUUGCCUCGAGAAGCAAGGGAUAAGCAUAUUGAAUUGCCUUCGUAUUUAGCGCAUUGCAGGAUGUUUGAUUUGAAACAGGAAUUUCAACGUUGGCAAGUGCAUCAUCCAGAUGUAACAUUAAAAAGUCAAUCAUUGGGAGAAAUGUGUUCGGCUUUUGAAUUACAGAUUGUGGGUCCACAACAUUCUGGGUUGAACGAUUCGUUGACAAUGGUCAACAUUAUUCGGUACUUUUGUUCUUUUGGUCAUCCUGACGUAUUUGUGAAUCCGAUCGAUACCAACGCGGAUUUGAAUCAAUUCAAAAAAGAACAAUCAAAGGUAAUUCAUUUGGCUGGAUUGCCUUACGAUGUUACUCAACCUGAAUUAGAAGCGUGGUUCUCCGGUCAAGGCGUUAGACCAGGAAUGUUAUGGAUGAUCAGAACACCAGAUCAUCAAAAACCUAGUGGAACAGGAUUCGGUAUAUUUGCGACACAUGAUGAUGCGAUGGCGUGUUUAGACAUGAACGGUAGGACUUUAGGUGAUAGGGCAAUUGAAGUCAGCCCAAGUAGUGAAAGAGUAAUUGAAGCAGCCGGGGCAAUUUUAGCUCCAUUUCCGAUGACUAAAACUCGACUUCGACCUGGUGAUUGGGUGUGCCCAGCGUGUCAAUUCCACAACUUCGCUUCUCGGAGAACGUGUUUCAAAUGUAAUACUCACAAUCCUAAUCCUGCUCCUGCAACCCCACCUAAUUUCACCAUAGGUGAUUGGAUGUGUCCGAAUCCACAAUGUAAUUUUCAUAAUUAUGCUUCAAGGACUCAAUGUUUACGAUGUGGUAGUUACAAACCUGCCAAUCUUUACGGGCCAUCUCACUCCGGAAAUAUAGCAUUCAGACCAGGAGAUUGGAUGUGUCCAAAUCCAAGCUGUCUUUUUCAGAAUUUUGCUUCCAGAACCCAUUGCAUGAGAUGUGGAUCAGCCAAUCAUAUGGGAUAUGACGGAUAUUCUAGCGAUCAAGGAGGAUAUGGUGGAGGUGGUGGUGCCAGUGGUCAUCCCUCUUCACCAGCUGCAGCACCAUUCCGACCUGGUGAUUGGUAUUGUCCUUCAUGUAGCUCUCAUAAUUUCGCAUCAAGAUUUCAAUGCAUUCGUUGUGGAUUGCCGAAACCACCUCAAGUGGCUGGUAAUGCUGUUAAUACUGCUAAUAUGAAACCCGGAGACUGGUUAUGCCAUAAUGAAAUGUGUGGUUAUCAUAAUUUUGCAAAGCGAACACACUGUGCAAAAUGUGGAAUGCCUAAUAAUAGCGAUGGAUCAAAUGGAUAUUAA